CAGAUCAGCAUCCUCAUCCGUUCAACUUCUUCUCCUACUCGCCGCGUAUCCUCUUUUUUUUUUUCAUAAACAAUUAAGAAAAGCCUAUUUUCCAUUUUCCAAAGCCCAUCCAGCCCAAACUUCCUUACGUUAUGGGCCCAUUUUGCUCGCGACAGAAAUGGCGAAAUCCUCUUCCCUGGAAGAUCUGGAUCGUACUGGCAACUGAUGUUGACAAUUCGGACCUUUUGAAAACGGGUAAUUUCGACGUUUAAAUUUCGGAAAGGGGGUUUCGUAAUCAAGAUUUGGGGAAUUCCCUGCUUAGGCUUUUAUGGUUCUAAUAAUCUCCAAGUUUUUCGCGCGAAAACAUGGAUCAAGAUGGUCAAAGAGGAUCGUCAACCCCUUCAGUGGUGCUGCCUUCUCUGCUUAGUAAAAGAGCCAAGCUUCAAGAAGAGCUUCGAAUCAUCGAAAGACAAGUGUAUGAUAUGGAGACUAGUUAUUUACAGGAUCCAAGCCAAUGCGGCAACGUUUUGAAAGGUUUUGAGGGGUUCCUCUCUUCAUCUAAGAACACCGCACUCUUGAAGCGGUCCAGGAAGUUCCAGCCUGAAGAUAGGCUGUUCUCAUUAUCUUCGGUCACUUCACCUGCAGCUGAAGAGAUUGCAGCUGGUCGAGAUGCAGAUGGGAAAUCAGAUUAUGGUCCUGGUCGGCCCAAGGGUGGAGGUUAUUUUGCCAAUGGACAGGGAAAACCGAAGAAGGGAAGAGCUAGAGAGGCCAAGAGAAUGAGACAUUCUAGUGAACCAGAUUUUGAUUAUGAUGAUGAUCCUGACGUGACAUUGUGAAACCACUUGUAUCUAAUGAAAUACUUCUUGGCCUUCCUACUAGGUUUACGGUCUGCUCUUAGAUUGUUUUUGUCUCAAAACAACUGGUGAUGGAAGAGGUUAUUUACAGGAUUUUGUACCGUACCAAAAAAAAAAAAAUGGUUUAUCAUAUCUCGUAUGUGCUAAAACUGAAUCAGGGGUACCGAUAGUCAAAAUGUCCAAUGGCAGUGUACGUGAACCUUUACAGUUGAAGCUUCUGGGCAAGUUCAGGCAACAAGUUUGAUAUUAAUCAGCAUAUUUAGCAAACAUUCUAGUAUUUUCUUUGGAUUUAUACAUCCCUUUUUACCUUUUUAUUGUUUUGUUUUGAGGAGAAGGGGAUGGGGACAAAUCAAGGAAUGAUUCUCCAAAGUGAUCAAGACCUUCUGUUCCUCUACAUAAUAUCU